AUCGUUUCUUUUAGGUUUGUUUCUUGCUCGUUACUGCUCAACUGAGCCUCGCGAUCCUGCAGACUCUGCAAAGAGUCAUGUGGAUUCUUCUUCUGCUCAUCAGUAUAUCGAUUGGUCAAAUAUUCACAGUCGGAGAUGAGGUUCUUGAUGAUGUGACGCCACGGAUUGGACACUCACAAGGAGUUGUGUUGGUCAGUACCCUCGAUGGCCAAUUGCAAGCCUUGAAUAUGGAGGAUGGAUCAACGAAAUGGACUUUACAAGAAGAUCCCGUUCUGCGUGCACCGACAACAGUGAAAAAAGGUUUCACGUUCCUUCCAAAUCCUCAAGAUGGCUCACUUUAUGUUCUCAAAGAAGGGAUUUUGAAGCGACUACCACUGAAUAUACCAGCCUUGGUUCAUGCUUCUCCACUCAAAAGCAGUGAUGGUGUGUUAUACGCAGGUAGCAAAAGAGAUGUUUGGCUUGAGAUUGAUCCCCUGACUGGUGCUAAGGUAGAGACGAUGUCAGCCACAAAUGACAAAGUUUGUCCAGCUAAUAACAAAAAUGCCGUGUUCGUUGGCCGAACUGAAUAUCGUAUAAGCAUGUAUGACACGAAAAAUCGGGAGAAGACUUGGAAUACCACCUUCUCUGAUUACACAGCUCACCUACUUCCUUCUAACAACGACUAUCCUUUCCGGCACUAUGUUACAUCUAAUGGAAAUGUGUUGACAGUGGGACCAGGAGGUGAAAUAAUAUGGGAACGUGAUUUUGGUCUGCCUGUUGUUGCAAUGUAUCUUCUCCAAAAUGACGGGCUGCACAAACUCAACUACGUCGUAAUGGGUGGCGAAACAAUGGAGAAUAUUAUCAAGAGCGCCUUAACGCCAGGAGGAAAGAACGAUGUCUUGGCCGACCUUGGAGUCACCCCUCAAACAACCUCGCCUCAGCACGCCCUUUUUGCCACACUCUAUGUUGGGGAGUCACCGUUCGGCUUGUAUGCUAUGGAUGUCCUGGUGGACAAGCACACUAUCACCUAUGCUCCGAAGUAUCUUGGACCACCAUUGCUUGAAGGACCGAGCCCAAUAGCACUUUCGGCAAAAGAAAAAGCGCAGUUCGUUCCAAGUUCAAGACCCGUGAUCUCGAUUGACAUCCCGGCAAUCACGCAUAAAACAACCGAUGGAGUAUUUCUGUUGUUGGGGUAUCAUGAAAAACCUCAAGUGGAUCUGAGCGCUAUUUUGCCAAUCCGUUUUAGCAACACGCCAUCAUUUCCGCCGAUUGUGUACAAGCCGGACGUCAAAGACAUGAAACAGAUCACCGACCAUUCAACGCAAACAUUUGAAUCGUCGCUAUCCGGAAUGUUGCUUGAAAUCUAUUUACGUCAUCCUACAGCUUUCGCUACAGCUGUUUUCACUCUUCUAGCGUUGGCGAUCACUGUUGUCUGGCUGUGCGGGAAACAAUCUGGAGUCGCUUUGAUAGCUGGAGAAGUCCGCAGUGCGCAGACAUCCCGACAAUCAAAUUCUGGAUUGAGUUGGGUGUCUGGAAAUGAGGAGGUUCCGGAAGGGUGGAUGAAGAUAGGAAAGUUGCAGUAUAAUCCGACAGAAAUAUUAGGCCGUGGUUGCGAAGGGACCGUUGUUUAUAGGGGCAAAUUUGAUGGACGAGAUGUUGCAGUGAAACGAGUAGUUUCCGAAUUUGUUAGACUUGUCGAUCGUGAAGCCGAUCUUCUGCGCGAAAGUGAUACUCAUCCGAAUGUGAUUCGAUACUUUUGUAUGGAAUCGGACAGUCAGUUCCGAUACUUAGCGCUGGAAUUGUGUGUAGCGUCACUUAACGAUUACGUUACGGAAGAAACAAUCCGAGAGAAAGUGCCUAUCUCCUCUACCGAACUUUUGCGUCAAGCUACAGAAGGAUUAGCUCAUCUGCAUAUCAUGCAAAUAGUUCACCGUGAUAUGAAGCCACAGAAUGUGCUCUUGUCAACGGCUGGAGCUAGGGGUGUUCGUGCUGUUAUAUCCGACUUUGGGCUUUGCAAGCGGGUCCAACCUGGCCGUCAAUCGCUUUCGAAAAGAAGCGGCCUUGCUGGUACGGAUGGAUGGAUUGCACCUGAAGCCUUGAUAUGUGAAAGCACGAGUUUCCCUGUUGACGUUUUUUCUCUUGGCUGCAUAUUCUACUACGUAUUGUCUGAUGGAGAACAUCCAUUUGGCGACAGCCUACACCGACAGACGAAUAUAAUCAAUGGAGAAUAUACUUUGCUCGGAAUCAAGCAGGAUGUCCCUGUGGCUGUCGCGCUAAUCGAGUCAAUGAUUCAAAGGAUUCCAAAAUCACGACCAUCACUGCAGUGCGUGCUGGCACAUCCAUUCUUUUGGGAACCUGAACGCAGACUGCAGUUCUUUGGGGAUGUAUCUGAUAGAAUUGAAAAAGAAGAAGAUACGAGUAUGGUUGCGCGACGACUAGAGCACAACGCUCGAGCUGUAGUGGGUGGAAACUGGAGGAACAAUAUCUGUGCACCUCUUGCAGCCGAUCUACGAAAGUUCCGCACUUACAAGGGUCACUCUGUCAGAGACCUCUUACGCGCUAUGCGCAAUAAAAAACACCAUUAUCGAGAAUUACCGGAAGACGUCCGUGAAUCCUUGGGUCUCAUUCCUGAGCAGUUCGUAUCGUAUUUUACAUCACGAUUUCCACUGUUACUGCUCCAUACGUACGAGGCCAUGAAAUGGUGUGCGGAUGAAGGCGUUUUCAGGUCGUAUUACCCGGAUGAGGACAUAUUCUGUACUCAGGUCCGACUUCGCAUGAAAGAAGAAAUAGAGAACGAUGAGUUGCAAAGAAAACUCGACUCACAGAAUAUGGAAACUGAAUGGGUUCGCGGCCAAGCUGUGAAGCAUAAGCCUCCAGCUAAAACCAUAGCCUGA